UAACAAACCAGACGUAGAACCGUGAGGAGGUGAGCAACGGAAUGGCGAAUUACAAGGCUGCAGAUUCCAAGCGGGAACAAUUUAGAAGAUACUUAGAGAAGGCAGGAGUACUUGAUACACUAACAAAAGUGCUGGUGGCAUUGUAUGAAGAGCCAGAAAAACCAAACAAUGCACUGGACUUCUUAAAACAACACAUGGGUGCUGCAGGACCUGAAACAGCAGAUGUGGAAGCUCUUCGCUUAGAGGUAGCAGAACUGAAACAGAAAUAUGAGGCAGUACUAGAAGAAAACAAAGAACUGAAAGCAAAGCUUGCACAACAUGAUCCAGCACAACAUCUAGAUGAAAAACGUUCCGAGACAUAGAUAUUUUACAUUCUACCUACAUCAAUACUGCACUGGAAAUCCAAAUAUAUAAGCUUGAAUUUUGUUAUAUUUUGAGCACAGGAAAAGGCACAUUUAGUGUCAUAUUUCUAAAAUUAUUUUCUAUGUUCUCACAGUUCUAAAUAAACUACUAAUUUAAAGCAAAA